AUGCCGUCAGCCGCCAUGUCUGCCCCCGCCGCCCCCAAGAUCUCUGCCGACGACAUCAAGCUCGACCACGGCAAGGCUCCCUCGACCUCGGACGCCAAGGUCGACGUCGCCACCAUCCUCUCGGCCGGCGCUGACCGUGCUGCCCGCGUCGAUGCCGCCAAGGAACUCGUUGACCUUGUCAAGCUCGAGGGCCCGCACGCGUUCGUCAACGUCGGACUCGCCGACGCCAUCCUCAAGGGUCUCGGCGACAAGAAGAACGCCGGCGUCCGCGAGGCCGCGUGCGACCUCCUCCAGAUCCUCGCCGAGCAGGGCGUCGGCAACGCCGUCGAGCCCUUCUUCUACGAGAAGCUCAUGAAGACCAUCGUCGCCGAGACGUUCGCCGACAAGGAGAAGGUCGUCCGCGAGGCUGCCGUCCAGGCCGUCAAGUCGAUCGUCCAGGUCUCGACCUCGUGGAGCGUGCCCAUCUUCCUCCCCAUCCUCCUCGAGCAGAUCAAGACCGCCGGCAAGUGGCAGGUCAAGACCGGUGCGCUCCAGAUCAUCGACCAGCUCGUCGUCUCGGCCCCCGAGCAGUGCGCCCGUCUCAUGCCCGACAUCAUCCCCGUCAUGGUCGACGCCAUCUGGGACACCAAGGCCGACGUCAAGAAGGCUGCCCGCGCGAGCCUCACCUCGCUCUGCAACCUCGUCACCAACAAGGAUAUCGAGAAGUUUGUCCCGGCCCUCAUCAACUGCCUGAUCAACCCGGUCGAGGAGACGCCCAAGACGGUCCAGCUCCUCGCCGCGACCACGUUCGUCCAGGAGGUCGACUCGCCGACUCUCGCGCUCAUGGCCCCGCUCCUCUCGCGCGGUUUGACCGAGAAGCUCACGGCCACGGUUCGCAAGGUCGCCGUCAUCAUCGACAACAUGACCAAGCUCGUCGACAACGAGCACACGAUCCGUCCGUUCAUCCCCAAGCUCCUCCCCGGCUUGAUCAAGGUCGAGAACACGGUCGGCGACCCCGAGGCUCGCGGCGUCGUCGUCAAGGCGAUCAAGACCCUCCGCGACACGGCCAAGUGCUCGGGUGACGGCUCCGACCUCCCCCCGCCCAAGGUUUCGACUGCCGCCCAGACGGCCGGCCCGCUCGUCGCCGCCAUCAAGAAGGUCGACCCGGCCUCGAAGCUCGACGCCUCGUCGCCGCUUAUCCACUACAUCGCGACGCUCAUUGGCAACCUCGCGACGGCGCGCAACUGGGAGUCGACCGAGUGGGAGUCGGCGUUGACGCCCUACAUCGCGCUCGCCCUCCCCGCCUCGAUCCGCGCCAACUCGGCCAUCGAGGUCGCCCGCGACGUCCUCCAGCAGCUCGCCAAGGACGAGGGAGAGGAGGUCGAGGCCUUCCCCGACGAGGAGGAGGGCGAGGACCUGUGCAACUGCACGUUCUCGCUCGCGUACGGCGCCAAGAUCCUCCUCAACACGGCCACCCUCCGCCUCAAGCGUGGACACCGCUACGGUCUCUGUGGACGCAACGGAUCGGGCAAGUCGACCCUCAUGCGCGCGAUCGACAACGGUCAGGUCGAGGGCUUCCCCUCGCCCGACGAGGUCCGCACGUUCUACGUCGAGCACGACGUCGACGGCGACGAGUCGGAGAACUCGAUCAUCUCGUUCGUCCUCAAGGACAAGCGCAUCCUCAAGAACGAGGACGAGUGCCGCAACGUCCUCGAGUCGGUCGGCUUCACCCGCGAGCGCCAGGAGGCCGCCAUCGGUUCGCUCUCGGGCGGUUGGAAGAUGAAGCUCGCGCUCGCCCGCGCCAUCCUCUUCGAGGCCGACAUCCUCCUCCUCGACGAGCCGACCAACCACUUGGACGUGCUCAACGUCGCCUGGCUCGAGAACUACCUCUGCUCGCUCAAGACUUGCACCUCGAUCAUCGUCUCGCACGACAGCGGCUUCCUCAACAACGUCUGCACCGACAUCCUCCACCUCAACAAGUUCAAGGUCAAGCGUUACCCCGGAAACCUCGACGCGUUCGUCAAGUUUGUCCCCGAGGCAAAGGCCUACUACGAGCUCAACCCCCUCGAGGACUACAAUUUCAAGUUCCCAAACCCCCCUCUCCUCGACGGUGUCAAGACCAAGGAGAAGUCGUUGAUGAAGAUGCGCCACGUCGGCUUCCAGUACCCGACGUCGCCCGUCCAGCAGCUGUACGACAUCUCGCUCCAGGUGUCGCUCUCGUCGCGUGUCGCCGUCCUCGGACCGAACGGUUCCGGCAAGUCGACGCUCGUCAAGCUCCUCGUCGCCGAGACCGAGCCCAACAAGGGCGGUGAGGUCUGGAAGCACCCCAACUUGGUCAUCGGCUACGUCGCCCAGCACGCCUUCCACCACAUCGACCACCACCUCGACAAGACCCCGCUCCAGUACAUGCUCCACCGCUACCAGACCGGCGAGGACCUCGAGGAGAUGCAGAAGGCCAACCGCCAGUUGUCGGAGGAGGAGGAGAAGAAGAUGAAGGAGGGCGCGACCGUCGUCGUCGAGGGCGUCAAGCGCACGAUUGACGAGAUUGUCGCGCGCAAGAAGCUCAAGCAGUCGUUCGAGUACGAGGUCACCUUCAAGGGCCUCUCGUCGUCCGAGAACAUCUGGCUCCCGCGCGACGAGCUCAUCCGCCGCGGCUUCGAGAAGAAGGUCAUGGAGGUCGACUCGCGCGAGGCGCAGAAGGCCGGUUUGCUCCGCCCCCUCGUCCGCAAGGAAAUCGAGUCCCACUUCAUGGACUUUGGUCUCGAGCCCGAGUUCACCACCCACAACACGAUGCGCGGUCUCUCGGGAGGACAGAAGGUCAAGGUCGUCCUCGCCGCCGCCACCUGGCGCCGCCCCCACGUCGUCAUCCUCGACGAGCCGACCAACUACCUUGACCGCGAGUCUCUUGCUGCGCUCAUCUCCGCACUCAAGACCUUCGAGGGUGGUGUCCUCGUCAUCACCCACAACCGCGAGUUCUCCGAGUCGAUCUGCACUGAGGUCUGGGCCAUGCGCGACGGUCACCUCACCGCUUCCGGCCACAACUGGGUCGAGGGCCAGGGAUCCGGUCCCCGCAUCGACCAGAAGAACGAGGAGGAGGAGGACGUCUUUGACGCCAUGGGCAACAAGAUUGACGCGCCCAAGAAGGCGAAGAAGAUCACCUCGAAGGAUGCUCGCAAGCUGAAGAAGGAGCGCAUGGCACGGAAGAAGCUCGGCCUUCCCUCCGACGACGAGGGUGACUUCUACGCCCCUCCCUCGCCGCCGCUGCCGGCCUAG